UCGAAAGGAUGGUGAUUGUGGAGCGUGGCAAGAGUAGUUGAGUUUUGAGUAUAUAAGCACCGCAAACCCAACCCAAGUCAGUCAUUCACUGGACUAUCAACCCACCAUACACACAGCAACCAUGAAGGCCUUUAUCGUAUUCGCUUGCUUGGCAGUCGCAGCAGCCCGUGCUGGAAUCGCCCACGGAGGAUAUGGUGGCUACUCAAGUGGCUACUCACUUGGUGGUCACGGUGGUGCAGGUUUCAGCGGUGGUCUUGCCGCUGGAGCUGGUACCGCUGCAUCCCUCCAAGGUGGUGCAUCCAGCUUGGGAUCAGGUGGUCUUGGUGCUAGCUAUGCCGCUGGUGCAGCCUCUGCUGCCGGCGCUGCUGGAGUACAACAAAUUGUCUCUGGAGGAGUUACUGGUGGAAGAUCAGACAUUGGACCAGCAGAAGGACCAAAAGCCAACGUAGGACCACAAUCAGGACCAUAUGACAGUGCUGGACCACAAGAAGGAGCAAAAUCCAUUGGAGGACCACGUACCGGACCAACCAGCCUUGUUGGACCAGCUGCUGGACCAUCAACCCUUGUUGGACCAAGCCAAGGAACUGCUACCCUUGUAGGACCAAGCCAAGCUACUGCUAACCUUGUUGGACCAAGCUACGGUGGAGUUGCUUUCUACGCCGGAUCCGGUGGAAUCAACGGUGAUGAUGGUAGCUCCGGCUCAGCUGCUGCUGCUGCUCCAGGUGGUGCCUAUGGAUACAACGGUUUUGCAGGUGCUGGUGCAAUCGCUGUUAUUGGAGGAGGUCCAGGUAUUGCCGGUGGUAUUGGUGGACACGAUGCCGGAGUUGCUGUGAUUAACGGACCAUCAGGUGCCAUCCACGCUGGUCUUGGCUCCCACGGAGCUAUCAUCCCAGGAGGUUAUGGCAAAUACUAAUUUAGUCCAUGAAUCCAGCAAUCUCGGUUCGGCGACGGCGGCAAAACUUUUAUCAUGGCCAUACCGAUCAACAUAUCCUCAGCGCGUGCAACGUCUUCUACUUAUCCAGAGCUUCGUAUUAUUAUUAUAUCAUCAUAAAAACAAUCGAAGCCAUGGCAAUUAAGGAGUUAUCAGUUGGACAGUCAGUCAAGUAGUGAGUCAAGUCAGUCCAAAAGUCAUUGAGAAUUAUUGAUUCAACGUAGUAUCAUCAUUUAGCCAAUUUAUCACAUCAAUAGUUGACCGCAAAAGUUGAAUCAGUAAAUGGGCUAACAAAGACUUCAAUCAAUUCACCAUCCAUUAUUAGAAAAAAAAAAGAAAAACAUAAAAAUACCAUCAAUCGUCUGCGGGACCAACUGGGAUCUGUUCUACUUCAUUGAACAUCCAACGUUGGCCAACAGCCUUACUAUCUCAUCACGACUUCGUUUUUUUUUUAUACAUUUAUAUAUAUAUAUUUACAACUUACCAAACCAUCAAAAAAAACAAAUAAUGGCCGACGUUCUCACUCGCAUAUGCUAUCCCUUGAUGAGGUGAUGUUGUCUAAAAACUACAUCAUCCCACCAGUUGUUAUACUCACUGCCGCACCCAAGCAUACAUAUUUUUUAUUACAUAAA